CCCGCCUUUUCCCCUGACGGACUCGGGGCAUCUUACAGAUUAAAAAAAACUGGGUUUCUAAUUUUUGUAAGCCGCCUUUAUUUUCGAUUUAAUAGGAAGCAGAGAUUAAACAACCACAAAAAAUGAGAGAAAAAGGAGAUCUAGGCGAGAACCGUUUCAGGCAGCCGACAUUGGCGCCCCGCUUUUCGAAGGACGGAAAUUCUCGACGUCCGCUCGGAACUGUCCCUCUCGCCUACUUGGAAGCGACCGCGGCAGCGGUUCCCGGCGCAUGCGCUCUCUCCUCGGGCUGGCCGGAGCGCCCACGUGACCCGGACGAGGUGUGGGGGAGGAGGCGAGGAAAGGGUGCCGGCGCUAUUGCCGCCGCCGCCGCCGCCGCCGCGCUGCGUCUCUCCGCCUCUGUCUCUGUCUCUCUCUCUCUCCCUCCCGGCCCGGGCCGGCGGCUCAGAGAGAGGGGGGGGAGGGAGGGAGGGAGGCGGAUCCAUCAUGGCGUCUAUGCAGGUGAGCAGCUUGCGGCGGCCAGGCUGGGGCGGCGUGUCCUUUCGUCCCCAGGUGUAGAGGGGAGAAAGAGAGGGGGGACGGGGGGGGGGCAGAAAGAAGGCGGCGGGGCCGACGGGCGGGGGAAGGAGGGAGGGCAGAGCGGCGGUUGGCGCGGGGGCGGCUCUCCUCUCGUGCCCCUGCUGCUGCUGCUGCGCUGCUUUCUGUGGAUGCGGCUCCGGGGAGGAAGCGGCGGCUGUUGUGGCGUUUCCUGGGCGAGCGGCGGGAGGGACUCCGUAUGAGGAACUGGGCGCCGGAGCGAGGGGAGCCUGGGAGCCGAGCGAGGGGUUGGGGAGAGGCCGAAGGGAAGCCCUUCCCUCAGCUGGGGCAAAAGCAGCCGGACUUUUAUUGGGGGUCGCGGGGGGGGGGGGCUAGGUGCGCGCGCUCCAGGUUGGGCCGGUACCAGGAACCAGCAGGUGCGUGACCCCCGGCUCUUCUUCCCUUAGGUGUGGUUUAGGGCUGGGGUGGCUUGGCCCGGGCUGCUGCAGCAGCUGCUGGGGAGGCAGGAGGAGGCGCCGGCGCCGGAGAGCUGAAUGGGCCUUGCUGGCUUUUGCUGUGACAGGUCUAGUCGCACCUCAGGGUUUCCCUUUAAACUUCUCCCUUUUCUUCAGGGUGAUUUUCAGUGCAGGGCUGAUACGGGGCGGUUUGGGGGGUGGGGUGGCGAUCCAUGAGGGGAUGAUUUAAGGAGGAGGGUCGCUCAAAGUCAAGAAGUGUGGAAAGUCAUUCUGACGUCCUUCUUUUUUUUUAUUGCAUACGUUAGUCACUGUAUGUUUUGCUUUAGGAAGGAGCAGCGACGGUAGCGCCGUCCUCUGCCUGAUGCUUUGACGUUUCUCUCUUUCUCUCCCGCUCCGCCCCCCACCCCACCCCCACCCCUUCUCACCUAUUGUGCCUUGUCCUUCAGACUUCAAAAAGGAGAGCAAGCUUGUUUGGUGUGAAAUCUCCUGUUCAGAUCUGUCCUUCACCAAAAGGUCCCGCAGUUCGCCCCACCACAGAGCUGCUUUGUGGGAUUACUGAUGUGAUGGUGCAUGAGAAGCAGUUUAGGAAAGAUGCUAGGCUACGAAAUCAACAAAUCAGCACCAUUUAUUUAUAUCAUUAUUACCUCGUGUGGUGGUAUUGGGCUACAGCCCUUUGUAGACAAAGUUAUACAGUGGUACCUUGGUUUAAGAGCAGCUUAGUUUAUGGACAACUUGGAUUAAGAACGCGGCAAACCCGGAAGUAGGUGUUUUGGUUUGUGAACUUUGCCUUGGAACAAGAACAUGUUUCACUUCCUGUUGAGUGUGUUCCAUUUAUAAAUUGAGUCCCCCACUGCUAUGGGAAAGCACACCUUGGUUUAAGAAUGCUUUGGUUUAAGAACGGACUUCAGGAAGUUUGUAAACCAAGGUACCACUGUACUCGGAAUAGACCCGUUGAAAUCAGUCAUGUCCUAUUGUCUUCAAUGGCUCUACAACCCAUAGAGGUGGACUUACAAGCUUGACCAGCUUAGACAAGUACAUCAUCCUAUGAAAUAGGGCUGCCUGUGAAAAACACACAUUACAAUACUAAUGUCUUUUAAUGUUCCACUGGGCUUUCUGUUGCUUUUGGAUGAAAGCUGAAAUAAGCAGUGCAUCCAGUGUUGUGCCUUUUUUUAAAACAAAGAAACAAGGAUUUAUAUACUGAUUAAUCAUCAAAACCUCUGAGCAGUCUACAUAAAAUAUAAAACAUAGGACGAUAUGUAUGUGAUUUCAAUUUAGAAUUGAUGUUAAAAUAUAAGAAGUACAGUAACUACAUAUUUUAAUAUCGAAGAACAAAGGAUAUUUUUAAAUUAUGUGAAGCAAGAUUAAACAAAACAUGCAGAACAGGCAUCUAAUGUUCCAAACAGAUGGAGAGACAAAAAUCUAAACCUUAUUUAUAUUCAGUUUAAAUAAUACCAGAUUGGAGAUUAAAUUUGCCAAUUUUUUUUCAAGAACUUGACUUGUAAAACUGCGUUGGAGCAGUUGGAGAAUAGUUCUUUUAGAUGAAGGCUUUUUUGGAUUCACAGAACAUUAAUGUUUUUGUGGGUUCUCCCCACUCCAUCACUACCACUCAGCUUCUUUUACAUUUCCCUUAGCGUUUACACUGCAGAAUGAGAACUUGCAAGUUUCUCAGUUCUGUGAUCGUUAAAGUGCACUACUUUUAGUCACGAUAGAAAUUGUGUUGUAUUUGUUCUAAUUUCUUGGUAACUUUCUGGCAUUGUGAAAUUCAGCUCUUGUUUCUUAUUGUGGAUACUGUGCUGUCAGGGGUAUUGAUUAAACUUUUGGAUAAUAUGCUAGAGAUACCUUAUUUCCCUAGGCAAUUUGAUCAGAGAAUCAAGUGAAGGUAUUUAACAUCAUUUCCAGCUUUCAUGUCUGUAUAGCACUCUUGAACACUCUUGUAUUCCGUUCAGUCUUAGGGAAUAAUUCAUCUGAUGACAUAUUUAAUUUAAAUGUGUAAUUCAUUCAAUUAUUGGUGUCACUUCCCUGUUUGCCAGGGUAUACUGUAUCUCAGGAGAGGGCUUGCCACUUUGGUCUUCUCUACUGUAUCUAGUAUGGGGCACUAGAUAUUUAGUAGCAAGAAAUUGCCCAAAGAGGCCACAUUUAUAAAAGAAUUCUGCAUUUUCUAUGGCACUGCACCAGUUUAAUUGCCUAGAGCAGAACUUUCCAAACUUUUCAUGUUGGUGACACACUUUUAGACAUGCAUCAUUUCGCAACACAGCAGUUCAGUUUUACAAGCAAAUUGGUGAUGAAACUAACUCCUUUCCAAUCCCAAGGACUGUGGGGAACAUUGUGCAGCACACCUACACACUGCAGCUGACACACUAACGUGUCACGACACACAGUUUGGAAAGCUCUGGCCUAGAGAGCUAAACUUUUGUUUAUUCUUUUGUGUUGCAUGCAAGUCUCCUACUAAGCAAAUAAAAAACAAUAAUGUUUGAAUAUUUUAAAACCAGCAGUUUAACUUGUGUGUGUUUCAUAAUCUAUUUGACCACUUCUAGCAAUUGAAGGUGGUGUCUAAGCAGGAAGUAAGCUAAUCUUAAUGCAGUGGGUGCAUGAUGGUACAUUGAUACAUACCCCCAUUCAGCCAUGAAGUUUGCUAGAUGGCCUAGGGCGACUAAUUCUCGCUUAAUUUUAACUGUGCUAUUUUAAAAAAUCUGAUGUGGGUUUUUGUGUGUGUGUGUGUGUGUAUGUGUGUGGUAUGUACACACACAGUGUAUGUAUAAUACACUGAAAUGAAAUGCAGCUGAAGGAAAAUAAGAAAUGCAUGUAGCAUCAUGAAAUACCUACCUAAUAAUAUGAUGUAGCACUAUGAGAUUAUGCUCUGCUCUGAACACAUUUUAGGAUUAAACAGUUUAGGAUUGGAACAUAUGUCAAGAAUUGACUCAUUGUAAUUGGACAUGUGAAACCACAUUGCUUUUUGGAUUGGUUCAGAUAUAAUGAGAAACCAUAACCUUUCCUAGAAUGGGAGUGAGUUGUUUUGUCAUUAGGCAUUCCUCUCUCCCUUGCCCUCCCCUUCCAUGCGCACAAGAAGGAUAUUAGAAAAUUUCACUUCAUUUUAAACAAACUAGUUUCCUGUAACACCUAGACUCAGUGAACUGUGGUGUUAAGAAAGAUAAGUGGAAUAGACAGGAACACACCAUGCUUUCAAAAUCUGACUUGUUCAAAACUAUAUUUUAAACAGUUCUCUGAGUUUCAACAUAAUGGAGAACUGCAUCUUAUGUGCAAGUUACAUUCCUGGCCAUCUUGCGUAUAAGUAAAAUUGUGUAAAGCUGGAACAACCCCUAGAAUACCAUCGUUGCAGUUACAGAUGAGGGAUGAAUGCAGCUCUUAGUCUUCCUCCUCCUCUCUGUCACUGGAUGAUGCUUCAGAUGAUAUUAGGACCAGGGGGUUGACUGGUAGCCAGAAGUGCUUGGUUGUGGUUCAGAUCCAGAGGCAUGGCCACAUCUAGUGCUGCUGCUGGUGAUUCUUUGUGAGGAACAUUAUGAUUGGCAGCUGCUGCUGUUGUGUCUUGAGCUUGUCAAACAUUUCCUUGAGAGCAUCUGUAAUCCCAUGGAUGAUCUUGAGGCUGUGUUCCAUGGAAGGGUCAAAUUCUGCAGUCAGAUCAUUUGUGUGCUUUAUCACUUAGAAGAGUUGAGAAAAUUUCUGGCUCAUGCUUGCCAUCCUCAUCAUCACAUUCUGAACUUGAUCUGACCAGUUCCUCUAGCUCUUCAAUAGGCAAUACCUGUUGACCCUCAAUUAGUUCUCCCACUUCUUCCUGGAUGAGGUCCACAAAACCACCACCACCCAUUUGCCUGACCAUCUGCACAAUGUUCUCCACCCCAAUGGCAAUGGUUGGAAAUCCUUUGAAAUUGUGUGUGCAUUCCUUCCACAAGUUUCACCAGCAUGUAUUCACUGUUUCAAGCUUGAUUGCACCCACUGCCUGUUUGAUGUAGGUGAUGCAAUGAGCAAUGUAAGCAGUGAAAUCACACCUUGAUCCAGAGGCCUGCUUCAUAAAUGUGGGAGUCUUGCUUCUCUAAGGAGAGUGUCCAUGUCAUCUUGGCCAACAGUUUGAAAGGUAUCCACAGCAUCUGACAUCUCCCAUUUUGUUUGAAAAAUGAAAUCCAACUUGGAAUGGAUGCAAGUAAUUUUAUCUGCAUAAUAGUCAGAGUGGACCACCAAAGUUUCUAUCUGUUUCCUUCCUAGACAAAUUGUAAGGGGUUUCACCACCCAGAAUUGCUCUAUUAGAUGCCCCUGAAUACAGAUUAGGCUGUUAUGUUUGUAUUCUUGUUACAUUCUCAACUCCUUGGAAACCAAAGAGAUAGAUGAACUCUACAAAUAAGUCUUUGGGAAUAAAUGGGUAAUUUUUCUAUUCCAAGGAUCAGUCAGGACCGUGACAGAACCACCAGGCAUAUCAGUAGGAAAAUCUAAAAGGACUUCAGGAAUGCAUUUGGCUUCAUGAGCUUUCAGUAGCAGCCUAUGUAAUGGGUACUCAAUCCCUGCAGGUACCAAAAGCAGCCCAAAUCUGACUAGGUAAUUAUCUGUCUGUAGCAAUGAAACCAAUGAAUCAAGCAUAUGCCAGGCUGAAUAUCAUUUGAGGCUUAGGGUUGUUGUGGGGGACAAGAAGUCCUGAGCUGUUUUUCUCAAGGUGGCAUUGGCAUGAAUAUUUGUCUCAGUUGAGAAAUGGAGACUAGAAGAUGGUAAAGUGGGCUGCAAACAGGCAGAAACUAUUCUGCUUUGAGAAGUCAACACUACGUGCGCACGAAUAUUUAGUAUAUUCAGUGGAUUGUUGGGCUGAGUGAGUGAAACAUUGAUAAACCAUGACAAUGUUGAUCCCUAUUCAUGCUGAUCCUGUACCUAGGAACUCAGUAAGCAAAUUGGGAGAGGAUAACCUCACCACCACCAUCAUCCAACCUAUCUCUGUAAUAAUCAGCAUCUUCAUCCAGGAUUAAAUCCUGAUGGCAGCAGUGUUACCAUUCAUCAGCCUAGCUUUCAGGAGAAGCACUUGCAAGCUUGAUGAGUUGCAGUCAUGUGUACCAGGAAAUGUAGGGUUAAAGGAAGGAUUUGAAAGUGAGAGAGCAUGCAAUGCCUUGUCUUCCCUUCACCUGACCUUUCCAAUUCCCACUGUCGUAUCUGCAUCUGCCUAGGACUCUGCAAAAGGUAACACCAUCAGCUCCAGUAUCCCCCACCUCCCUGCCUAUCCAAAUACAUAUUUAAUGGGCAUGCCUUCCAGUCCCAAAGGCAACUUCCUUUGGUGCUGUCCCCUUCUGGGUCACCACCACUGGUGCCCUGCAGUAGGACUGGUUUUCAAAACCUUCCUCACAGGGCUGCUACAAAUGUAGGCACAACUGGUGCUGAUAGUAAUGUCCUCACUGUGGAACUCCAGAAUAAAAUAUACAAAAAUGAAAGCAAGAUAAUAAUACAAAACAGUGUGUGUGUGUGUGUAAUUGUACUACCUCAGCAGGCAAAACUUCCAGAAAUAUCAAUGAAAAAGACAUAAAAGUAACCAUCCCAUCAAGGAUACUGUCUAGCCAAAUAUACAUUCCUCCCCACUACCAACUGCUUGCUUAGAUUGUAUACUUAGGCAUCUGAGGCAGUCUUGUUCUCAGAACUAGCCAGACUGAAAUGUGUCAGGGCAGCCAACAUAGCACACCCCAUUUGUUGUUGGAGUACAACUCACAUCAGCCCCAGCUAGCGUGGCUAGUAGGCAUGGAAGAUGGGAACUGUAGCCCAAUAAUUUUUCAUCUGAGGCCACUUUAAAUUGGCCUGCUAUCAUUCACUCUGAGCGACUUGACCAGAAAAAGGAGAGUUGAAACUAAAUGGAAGGUUUUUCCUGCAGGAAAGGGUAACUUUCCAUUGUCUUUCAAAGAGGUACAUGGGCAUUUGUUAUGAAAUCGAUAGGGACUCACCACAGUGAUCCAUGCGAUGGGCAUCUCCAGGCUUGACUACUGUAAUUUGCUCUACGUGGGGCUGCCCUUGAAGCUGACCCAGAAACUCCAGAGGGUGCAGAAUGCUGCAGCGAGGCUCCUCACGGGGUCUCUACCAUGGGAGCAUAUUCACCCAGUGCUUUUCAAACUGCACUGGCUCCCGGUAGAGUACAGGGUCAGAUUUAAGGUGCUUCUUUUACCUUUAAAGCCCUUCACGGCCUAGGACCCUCGUACCUACGGGACCGCCUCUCCCAGUAUGCCCCACGGAGAGCCUCAAGGUCCAUAAAUAGCGACACCCUAGUGGUCCCGGGCCCUAAGGAAGUUAGAUUGGCUUCAACCAGAGCCAGGGCCUUUUCAACUCUGGUGGAAUGCUCUGCCUCAUGAGACCAGGGCCCUGCAAGAUCUGAUUUCUUUCCGCACGGCCUGUAAGACAGAGUUGUUCUGCCUGGCCUUUGGCUUGGAGCCAAUUUGAUUCCCUCCCUCUCUUUCUUUCUUUUUUCUUUUCUUUCUCCUCCUGCGAGGAGGCUACAUUUUAAUAUUUUCAUGUUUCAAUAUUUUAAUGUUGUAUUUUAAUUUUGUUUUUAAGUUGUAAUCAUUCAACUUGUUUUUAUUAUUGCUUGUAAGCCGCUCUGAGCCCGGCCUUGGCUGGGGAGGGAGGGGUAUAAAUAAAAAUUAUUAUUAUUAUUUUAUUAUUAAAAACUAUAAAGCACAUUUAAAACAGUUCUAAACUAUGCUGCCACUUCAAAGAGUGCUUUAAAAACUUCUGUAUAGGUCAUCCUCAUGUUGCAUGUUAGAGCACAUGAUCUAAAUAUAUGCCAAAUGCUUAGUGUUAAAUAUUUGAUAAAACUGUGAUUGUAUUCCAGUGGCAAAAUCUAUUUCCUUGAGUCUAGAAGGACACAGUGCCUUUGAGAAGAGAUCUCUAUAAGGUUUGCUGGAAUCUGUUUUCUCCCCACACCCACCUCAGCAGUCCAGGGAAUAGGAAGUCUAUGUGCAUAUCACAUAUCUCCAUUCAACUUUGACUGUGCUCUCAAGUGACCGUGGUGGUGGUGGUGGGAUAUGGUAGGCAUUUGCAGACCUUCCAUUCUCCAUAGUAAUACCUGUGUGCGUGUGCUGUGCGGUAAAAAUAGAAGUCUGAGCUCUAUAGGGAUCUGUCUCCCUAUGGAUGCUGUGUCCUUACAUGAGAACAAAUCAUGCCUUGCUUUGCAUUUGAAAGUAAAGCAAAUUUAUUAAUAAAGUGUGUUGAAUAAAGUGUGUUGAAUGUAGUAGAUGUGAGGUAGGGCAGAGAGAAAGCACAGAUAGUUCACCAUGUGAAAUUAAGGGAUGAUAUGUACCAGGAUAACCUUAAUUUUUACCUUCCAGCUUUCCUGUUUUCAUAGUUGCUGACCCUGUAUUUCAAGGCUGCCAUAAUUGUGUCUAAUGUGUUACUGUCUAAUCAUUUUAUACUGUAUUCGACUUUUACAGAAACUUGUACUAAUCCAUUCAUUUUGCUUCUAAUUUCCUUUAAAUAUUCUCUUUUUGCUAAUAACCUAGUAAUUUGGGUGUAAAAAGGGUGGGGUUGAAUUCUUUCCCCUUGUUUUAAGUAAACAAUUUAGUCAUUUGUUACUUCUGUAGCUCCUGAGUAGGUCUGUGAUACAGUAUAAAAUAAGAGAAUGCAUUGGGGAACAACUGAAGCCUGAGCAUUUUUUAAAAAAUACCUAUAGGUAAAGGACAAAACUUGUCUCUGCAGCUUGUGUGUAACUUGUGACUGCUGCUAGUGCUGCUACUGUUCUCUAGAAACAGAAAUACCAAUUAUCAAUGUAAAUUUGCGAAAACUUCCUCUUCCGCUUAUGUUUGGGGAUUUCUUUUACAAUGUAGCAACCUGCCAAUGUUUGUUUCAUUGACAUAAAAUGUACAGUUCCUUUCCAUAUUAAAAGCCUGCACCUGAAAUGAACAGAAGGACUGUGUGUUCUUCAGUUGUAAGUUAGUGACUAACACCACAAUCCGAACCAUGGUUUAAGCUGCACAGCCCUAAUUCCACUUACCUGGUAGUAAGCCCCAUUGAAUUAAAUAGGACAAACUUUUGAGUUGACAUGGUUAGAGUUAGGACAUGGUUUAGGAUUGCAGUAUAAUUUACAAGGUAUUAUGUACAUUUUCAUGCACUCUUUAUGCUGGAGUCCCAGGGUAGAGUACAACAGUUAAUUUAAACAGAAAAAGUACAAAAUUUCAGUUAAACAAUAAUUAAAAUAGCAACAACACAAUAAAAUAUGUUGGCAACCUUUUUUUUUUUUAACAUCACUAUGCAAAACUCUUCAUUGCCACCUAACCAUGCUGUGUUGGUGGUUCGGAUUUCAAUUCCCCCCACCCCACUUCCUAGUAUGAGAAGGAUCCAGGGCAGCAUCUAUUAAUAGUAUUUCCCUUUUCUUCCUGUUUUAGGCUUCCUGCACCUUUAAGCAAAGCCAGAAUGCCAAUAUUAAGGGAAGUCUGCUUUGCAUAAUCUCUAAACCCAGUAAAAUCUUGAGAUAAAUUUUAAAAUAAAAUCUCUAGCCCUCAUUGUAACAAAGGAAUUUUGAAGAGACUGAAGUUCAAAAAGGAGACUCUCCAGAUGCAGGCCACAAUAGUUUAAUAGUUUAGGCACACUCAGGGCCUUCAAAACUCUCAGUGAACACCACCUCCCUGUGCCAUAAAGCGGAAAGUCCCUCCAUUUCUUAUGUGGUUUCUCCAUACAGUAUGGGUGACUAUUUGUGAAAUACAAGUCCCAAGUUCCACUGGCGAUGCAGAGGUUGUGUUCCAUUUCUUGACUACUUGGCUACAUUUUUUUAAAAAGAAGCUGCUCAUCACUCUGAAUAUUAAUGCUAUACACCACUAUAUGGAAUUAAUAGUACCAAAGGAAAAUAAGUUGUUACACUUCUCAGAAGAUGUUUCCAGAAAUGUCAUACAGAAUUAAAAGUUUAGACCAGUGGCUUAGCAUUGACACGUCAGUCUUUUAUGAUAUGAAUAUUUUUUAUAAAUUUUUGACAUGUAUCAUGUAAGCUUUUUGGAAUACUGUUUGUUGGUCAGCAGUAAUAUGUACCAAACAGUUACAACUGAAAGGAAUAUAUUCUUUAUGAAAUAUUUAAAAAGCUCCUCCUCCUUUCUUUUUUUAGAAGAGGCUACAGAAAGAACUGUUGGCUUUACAGAAUGACCCACCGCCAGGAAUGACUUUGAAUGAAAAGAGUGUCCAGAAUUCAAUUACACAGUCAGUGUGUUUACAUUUUCAUAAUUUCUUUUCUAGGUGAAACUGAAAAUGGGCAGGAUGUUGUGUUUUCCUAACAAUAUACUGUUUAAAAAAUUGUGAGAUGUACAAUAUCUGACCUAUGCAUGUACAUUAAUUAUAUUUGCAAGCUUGUUAUAGUAUACUUAUACAUAGUUAUUGACCUAUGCAUUUAUAUUAAAUAUAUUUGCAAGUAUGGUAUAGUGUAAAUAUGGGGAUGUAUCCAGUGCUACUGCACAGGGUUACGCUGGUGCAAUGGGAUUUGCAUUUCCUCUCCUCAGGCCAUGUGCCCCCAGGUCUGCUCUGAAGGGUCCCCUAACCCCUCUGAAGCAGAUUUUGACAAAAGGGAGCAAACAGGAGAGAAAGAAGUUCAUUGUGCUUGCAGAAGUCUCACGUGCCUGCUGAGCUAUAGCAUUGGAUAUAGUCUAUAGUAAGUAUUGGAUUCACACAAUCAGCAGCUGGAGUUGUUCUGUUACUCUCAAAAUAGUUGGGUGACAGUAAAGUUACAGACGUUUUCUUUAUUUGUUAUAUUUAUAUCCUGCCUUUCCAUAAAAAAUGCCCAAGAUGGCAUUUUUAAAUGAAUAAAUUUAGAUUGUUCUGCUUUUUAUCUAGUUUUGGGGCUGUUCAUUCUAAAUUGAGUCACAAAACUCCACAGUUGGAAUGCAGACUGAUUUUAAAGGUUUUCUUUCUUCUACCUUUUCAUGUGAGGUACUGAAAUAAUUAUAAAGUGAAAGGGCAAAAAACCUAUGGACAAUUGUUCUGUAUUCUAUAAAUAUUUGUGUUCAUGUUUGUUGACUUAUUUGAAGGGAGCUGUGGACACAGUUGUCAGUAUAGCAUCAAGGUGUCCAAUAUUCAGAACUGUACACAUAGUUUACACAACUGAAUUAGGAACUGCUUUCAGCAAUGCAUGGGUGACUGGCUGGUGCUGUCAGCUUCAAGUGAUUUAGGUACAAACAUUGCUCACUUGGAGACAUGAUUUACAAGGGCAUCCCUUUUUAUAGAAAAGAAUGGUAUGUGGUUCUGGUAGUUUUGUGAAUAUUGAGAACCCUUCAGCCUUUUUUCCCCAUGAAAUAAGAAGUUCAGGUUUUGGGGUUGGCAUCACAAAAGAUUUCUUGCUAUUGCCUCUAACUUUCAAUAAAGUUAAAUCUUCAUUGCUCUUGAUUAAUUAUGAAUGUAUUCAUAAUUUUUGUCAAAAGUACAUCAGGACAGUAAUUUACAAUUUAUAUUCACAAUUUAAACAAAAGCAGCUCUUGCUAGAAUUGCAAUUUACCUGUCUACCCCUCCCACUUUGAAAUAGCUAAUAUUAUUUGUUAUUAGAAAUUUGAAAGGGUUAUAGUCCAAAUUUGAUAUCAGGCACAGUUCUGCUGGCAGGAGGUGGUAGACUGAAUGUACAAUUCAGAGACUUCCUUUAAACAUGGCCAAGGAUUAGCUCAUGCAAUGGGACUUUUAAAGAUUUUUUUCUGUAAGCAUUAGACCUUCCUCAACAUUGAAAGUUGCUUUUUGCCACUAUGAGAUUAAAAGAAGGCCCUUUUCAGUGUAGGAAACAGCUGCUUGCAAAUUAGAACUCAAAACCUCCACUAGAUAUAUUGAGUUACUAAUUUUUUUCUCUGUGUUGUGUAAUUUAUUUUAUUUCCAAAGAUGGAUUGUAGACAUGGAAGGUGCUCCUGGAACAUUAUAUGAAGGGGAGAAAUUUCAGCUGCUAUUUAAAUUCAGUAGUCGGUAUCCAUUUGACUCUCCUCAGGUAACUUACACUAUCAUAUAUUUAGUUUCAAUUUUAAACCACUUGUGUAGCAAAAGUUGAUUAUACAUUGAUUACAACUCACUGGGCGAAAGUCAUUGCCACUCCAGCAGAUAUUGUGGAAUUUCCCUUUUUCUCUCCUCCCCUGCUCUGGAGGGUUCCCCAAUCCUGUGAAGCAGAUUUUGGCACUACAUAGGGAAGGGGAAGGCCUCUGUGCAUAAGUGGGAUGCUACAAUUGGAUAUCACACAUUGUGUUAUCUCUUCAGGGAGCAAUAAGAAUAGUUUUUUUUUCUGGCAGUAAGUGCUGUUUGUUUUUAUUUAUAAUUUUCAUUUAUAUAUAUUACAACAAUUAUUCAAUCAUAAUGUUAACAUUUCAAACUCCAACUCCCUACCCCCUCUUUCUGAGGUUCUUUACAUUUCUUUUCAUCUUCCUGCAUACUCCAAAUUAUCUCAACAUAUUAUUUUAUAUAUCUAUUCCCAUAUAUAUCCCAUAUAUAUUUUGAAACUGCAGGUUUUUACAUUAAUCCUGCCAAUGUGUUAAUCUGUUUAUUGAGUAUUUACAAACGAACUGUAAACCAUUUCCAUUCCUUUUUUUAAAAAAUGGUUAUCUUGAUUUCUUAUUCUCCCUGUAGGUUUUGCCAUUUCUCCAUAGUCCAUUAACUUUUGUCUCCAUUAUUCUCUUGUCAAGACCUCUUCUUCCUUCCAUUUUUGGGCACAUAACAUUCUUGCAGCUGUGGCUGCAUACAUAAAUAAAUUUAUAUACAGUUUACAUGGUUCUGAUCCCAUAAUUUCCAAAAAAAGCUUUUGGGUUUUUUAAAAAUUAAAUGUUAUCUUAAACAUCUUUUUCAGUUAAUUAUAUAACAUCUCCCAAUAAGGUUAAUUACAAGGUACCAUCCACAUAUGAAAAAGGUACCAACUUUCUCGUUACAUUUUCAACACAUAAUCGAUUUCGAUUUAUACAUUUUUGCCAAUCUACUAGGCGUUCGGUACUAUCUAUAUACCAUUUUCAUAUAGUUUUCUCUUGAACUAUAACAUUGCUGUAAAUUUUAUAUCCACGUUCCAUAAACGUUCCCGUACAACAUCCAUUUCUACAUUAUGACUAAUAUUUGUUGCCCAAUGGAUCAUUGAAGAUUUCACUUGUUCGUUCUUUGUCUCCCGAGCAAUAAGAAUAGUUUAGCCAUAAAUUGAGCACCUAAUAAUCCACCAUGGCAAGUAAUAUUGACAUUUUGAGUAGCAUUCCUGGUUCCAGCAACUGACUGUGAACCAUGCCUUAUCUCUAUGCCUUAUUCUUAGCACUCAGAGAUUUACCUUCGUGCCUGUGACUCAAAAAUGGCUUGCUAAACAGGAGCAAACUGGAUUAAAGUUUAUAUGUAACAUGGCUAGCUGCUUUUCACUGAAACCUAAAAAUGCUGCACAUUGUCUGGGACAUACCUGCAUUUAUAUUAGAAUAAAGUUAUAAACUCAAAAAGAAAAAAGCAGUCAGUCCUUGGUGGGGCCCCCAAGCCAGCUUAGCCCUCUGAGGACCAGGGCAUGUAUACCCAGCUGCCCAACCCUCUGCAUGGGCCUGGUUAAGGACUUUCCUUUUGUGGACUGCUUUUCAAUGAGGUCUGCCUGGCAUGUUCGUUGACAUCUUUUUGGUGCUAGGUAAAAUACUACAGUACCUUUUCUUCUUAGACCAUGAUGACGUUAUUCACUAUUAGUGUGCUGCCACGGUUUUCUGCUUUUGUUAUUGAGGGUGAGGAGAAGCUUUGUGUAUUUUUCAUGAAUUGCAUGUGUUUUUAUGUGAACGUGUUGAUGUUAUAAUGUAUUUUUACUUUUGCUCAUGUAUUUAAAUAUGAUGUAAAUUGAUUGGACGCCUUAUUGUGUAACAAGCGGCCAACGAGUUUGAUAAUUAAACAAUAUCCUUAUCUUGGGCAAAAUAAAGAAAUAGCAAAAUCUGUGUUGUGUGCAUGGAAUAAAAGAAGAUCUGAAAUCAUACCUUAGGAAUUAUUGUAUGUGGAAAAGAAGAAGAGAAAUCCCAUUUAUUACAUAGUGGAUGACUAAGUAAUAGACUUUAAAACCUACAUAUUACAUGAUAGGGAAAGUAGGAUGUAAUUGAUGUGUUUUCCAAAAUUGGAAAAGGAAUAAUGAGUAUGGAAUAUUUAGUUUGGUUGAAAUUAUGUCUUUUCAUAAGGCAUGUUUUGGUCCAAUGACUGAUGUCAUAAAACAUGGAAGUUAUAUAAACUGUGUAAUUUCCCUCUCAAAUAAGUAAAUUGUAGCUGAUGUUAUAUAUAUAUAUAGAGAGAGAGAGAGAUACUGUCAAUAAAAUGCUAAUAUAUCAAUUCUUUAUUUUAUUUUUAGGUCAUGUUUACUGGUGAAAAUAUUCCCAUUCAUCCUCAUGUUUAUAGCAAUGGUCAUAUCUGUUUAUCUAUUCUAACAGAAGACUGGUCUCCAGCUCUUUCAGUGCAAUCAGUUUGUCUUAGCAUUAUUAGCAUGCUUUCCAGCUGCAAAGAAAAGGUAAGUCUUUAGAAAUAGCCUUGUGAUACUAUGGAAACCUCCCAUUCUAAAACGGAGGUUUUAUUGAUACUUAUUAAUUUUCCCUUUCUAAGCGUGAUGGAAUAGUUUAGUAGUUCUAAGUUAAGUGAUAUGCUGGAACUGAAGGUCAAAUGAGUCAAUAUUUACGGGGGGGGGGAAAUAUUUCUGUUGAAUAACUGUUACUGCAAUGAUAAGGUUUUGUGUAGAAGAAAGGCAAUUGCUUUUCUAAUGCAGUAAAUAACAAACAUUAGGACUGAAUAGUGUAUAUACCAAUUUCAGUUACUGAAUUAGUUCAUGUAACAAAAAGGAAUGUCAGAAUAUAGCAGAAUGCACUUGGUCUGCUCUCCAGUGCACUUACUUGGGAUUAAAAGUCCCAUUUAACUCAGAGAGAUUUACUUUUGAGUAGAUGUGCGUAGAUUAUUGCACUGUAAGGUAUGCAAACAUUUUAUUGAAUAAUAAUUUGAUGUCUAUUCAGACAAAUGCUAGAAUGCUAACCUAUGUUAGUUUAUUUCAGCAAACAUAAAUUAUAGCACCAUGAAAGUUUUAAAAAAUUAUUAUGCGCAAACAGUCAAAGACAAGAGCUUACAUGAUUAUCAUGCAUCUCAAGUUCACUUUUAUUCCACUGAAUCUUUAUUGCAUAGGUAAAAUAACCCUUUCUGCUUCAAAACCAUUAAGUUUGCAGCACGAUCAGAGGGUAUUUUGACUUUUCAAGCUGGCAAGAGUUGGAGGAGAAGAAAGCUCCUAAAUGUCAAGUUCACUUAUCACUGCUAUUAAUGCCUUUUUUGCAUGUAUGUAUAAUCUUAUACUGUAUAUCAGAAAUAUACUGACUUGAUGGACCUUUAUUGCAGAGACGACCACCUGAUAAUUCAUUUUAUGUAAGAACAUGUAACAAGAAUCCAAAGAAAACAAAAUGGUGGUAUCAUGGUAUGUAUUGACCUUGAAGAAAUAAGCAAUGCAUCUAAGAGCAUUUGAAGUUCCUGGGAAUAACAGUGGUUAGAUUUGCCUUACUGAACACAAUACUGUAUGUGAGGAAGAGUGAUAGCUUAAUGGUAGAGCACUUGCAUGCUAUGCUGAAAGCCCCAGGUUCAAUCCUUUGCUGCAUUAGUAACAUGUUUAGUUAGAAAAAACCUAUGCCUGAGAUUGUGGAAAGCUGCUGGCAGUGAGUGGACACAGUACUAUCAUAUUUGAUAUAAGGCAGCACUUUGUAUCCUGGGUGGUCUUCAAUUAAGUUUUACUCAGAGUAGAUCUUUUAAAAUUAAGUCCUAGCUUAGUCAUGUUCAUUAAUUCCAAUGGGUCUGCUCUGAGUAAAAUUUCAUUGAAGGCCACCCAUGUAUCCUAUGUAAAAAUAAGCCUCUGAUAUCCACAGAGAUUGAAUUGGAUCUGGGCUUGCAGCUAACUGGUGGAAUUCUGCUUUUACCAGAGGAAGCAAGGAGGCGAGGCAAUUUCUACUAAUUUCUGCUUUCCUGUGCCUCCUGAAAAUCUGGGGGUUGGGGUAUCCUCUGGAAUAACAUGAGAGAUUGCAUGGCUACACUGCAGCAGGAAGGGGAAAUUGGCAAUAAUUAGUUCCUCCCCCCCUUCCACCAGCAGGGAGCUUCUGCUGGAUCUCUGUCCCUUCUGCAAAGUGCAACAGGCCUUCUGUCUGUGGAAUGGCCAGUUUGGAACCAACUCAACAAGGCCGUAACACUAGAACCCUUCCUGUCCCCAGCCAAGUAGUGAAACAUACAAAGAGUCCCCUUUUAUUUUAGGUGUAUGUAAGGAGUUGCUGGUCAUGCUAUAUAUGGGUACCAGUUAAUUGGACUGUAUCCAACUGCACAAGGACUUCCACUUAAACAAUUCCCUUUCCUCUCCCCGUGUGCUUCUUCAAAAUCUCCUUCCCCACUGUGCAAGCCAGGAGGGUAAUGAGAGAAAAGCAUUCAGAGUAUCUUAUCAGGGAUAAUAUCUGCUGUGGCUGGACUUGGAUGGGAAAGCUCAAGAGCAGAACCUAGUGGAAUUCUGAACCUUUUUUCCUUGAAAAUCUAGGUCCCAUGGCAAUGAUAGAGGGAGGAACUGUUGUUUGAGGAAAAGCAACCCUAAAAUCUGCUUUGGUUCAUAGUUCUUUGCAUAUCGGCCUUAAUUUAUUUAAACAGAACAAAGCAAUACAUUGGUUCAAAUUAUGUGGUCUGUUUUUCCAGAAUCUGUAGUUUUUCAUAAUUUUACAGGGUUCUGUAUUGAACAAGCAAAUCAAUAAAUAUUGAUCUUGUUACCAUAUGUGCUGGUAGGUGAUAUUUUGGCCUUAAAUAACUUUGUAGAUUUUGGACAUCAAUAUAUGUACAUAAUUUUGUUUUUGUUUUGCUUUAAAGAUGACACUUGUUGAUGCCACCAUUUUGUGAUACUCCUAACAGAAGAUAGUCCUACUGAGAAAAUGAGCACUUUGAUCAUUCAGUCUUUGAACUUUUAACCUCUGACUGGAAGUGACAAAUAGGCAAUGAAGACUACUUCCCUUGACUGCAUUUUUACUGGUGUGCAUUCUGGGCGCAUGUUGAUCGCUGGUUCAGUCCAUGCUACUGACAUGCUUUUCUUAGUCAUACAGUAUUAAUGCAGGUGUUAGAAAAUGUCAGAAUUCAAUCUUUAAAUUUUUUGGGAGAAUUCCAGGUCUUCAUGUAUUGUGCAAUAAUAAGAAUUUCUUGACGGUUUUUGGUGUACCCAUUGCCGGCAAAAGAUUGUAUCAGGAAUCUUAUACCCCUGCCACAAGAAAAGUUAGACGCAUGAUAGGGCCUACAAAAAGUUUGUAAGUAUAUUGGGAUUAUAAAGUAACCUAUCUUUACUUUGAAAGCCACCUAAUUGUUUAGAUUUGGAUUCUGUGCACUGUGAUCAUAAAACUAGCAGCGUGAGUUGAAACAUGCUUAGCUAAAGAACUAAUAAGAUCAUUGCAUAUUUACUGAACUCUCAAUGUUUUCACAAUGAAUUCCCUCCCCCCCCCGCAAGUUAUAUCAGCAGAGAGGUACGUACUAUGUUAUAGCCCUAUGGUAAAAUGGAUACCUUUUGUGUGUGUAUUAUAUUUCUGAAACAAAGGUAUGAAUAAAAUAGAGUAGGGGUGAUUUAAUCAAGGCAAACUUUGUUCUGAAAAUUGGAACAGACGGCAGUGACAAAACUGAAUUUGCUGCAGUCCAUGAUUGGGCUUGUUAAUAUGUACACUAGAGCUGUUUUCCAAGUAGAUUGCACACUGUUAUUUCAUACUAGCCUUCAGCAUGAGCCCUGUUGCCUACACAAUAUUUCAUGUAUUUAUACGUUUGAAUUUUUUUGUUUGAGUUCACUGUUUCUUUUGUUGUGUUGUAUGUCAUAUUUGAAUGUUACAAAACAAUAUUUUCACUGAAAAGCUGUCAGAAGAUAUUUUCUUGUAAAUUAUUUCUUUACCUUGUAAACAUUUAUCUUGUCUUCUAAUCCUGUACUAUAAAGGAAAAAAUACAUUUUGGACAGAGACGAACUGUUUUGACAAAAAAGUGUGGAUCUUUUUAUUUAAGUUUAGACAAAAGUAUAUUUUUCUUACCUUGUCCCAUACAGCCAUAGCAAUUUUUCCAGGUUUUUUCCUUCAAAGAUCUGCCUACAACUAGAUUUACCUUUUAUAUAGAAAAACAAUUGUUAAACAAUAGUGAAUUGUUCUUCACCUCUGUGUAAUUUUAUGAUACUGCAUCUAGGCUGUCUUUUUAGGAAGCACUGAUGUGUCUUUUAUAAACUUACUACCUUUACACAUAUGCAAACUUUCUAUUUCAAAGCUCUUUUUAAUGUUGCCUUAUUGCACUAAAAAGAAAAUCAAACCUAGUAGUCAAUAAAUGAAUGUCUGAAUUGAGUACAACUCUUACUUGAUUUUUAAAGUAAGAACCAGGUCAGCUUAGCUUAAAAGAACCUACUAGGAUUGGCUGAAGAUACUCUAGCGUUUUUUUUUACUGCUGUGUUGUAACUUACAAAUUUUAUAGAUAUGUACAUACUACUGUAUCUUCUCUAAUAUUUAAAACAAAUAUAAUCAUUAAACUCAGGGGUGGGUACAAGUCAAAUGGAAGAAAAUAAGUGUUCUGUAUUGGCACUGAAUUACAAACUAUCAAUUUGGUAGGGCUGUUUUAAACAAGAAAUUGUUAUGUUUUCUCUUUUGAGGGAAACUUUAUUGGCUUCUUAAUCAAAAGUGAAUAGAUGCUGUGGGUAUAAACUUGUAUGUAGAUGUUCAUAGUCCUCCUUUAAAAAAUGAGAAGUAUCACUCUUCAAUUUCUGUUCAAGCCAAAAAAAAUAUACUGAGGGAUUGGAAGGUGUAUAUCUCUUUAUAAUUUUCUCCUAUCCUAUAUUUUUACUUGUAAAUUAAUUUAUAACAAUCCAUUAAGAGAUGUAUACAUACUGAUAGUAUGCAUGAGCAGUAACCACUGAAUAUUUAAUCAGCAUCUUCAUAUUUGCAUAAAUCAUCUAAGGAAUGUUGGAAAACUGUGUUUUUUUCUUCCGUAAAGCAGAUUUACAUAAUUAAUCAUGUCAAUCUGUUCUCUUAAUCCACAGUGAAGGAACACCUUCAUAGAUCUGAAACUUUAGAUUACUUUGUCCAUCUAAAAGACUAAUGUAAUUGUUCCCACACUGUGGAUUAUGUUACAGUAUAAUUGUUUAAAAGGAUGUUAAUGUCCAUUCUUGAAAACAAUCCAUGCACAUAUUUUCAUUUAUAUAAAUAUCACAGUAUGGAUUAAAUACAAAUUCCUAAACAAAAAAUUAAGUAUCUGGGUGUUUUUACGCUACUGUUGUGUUCAAAGAACUUGAUUGUUAUUUAAAAAUACUAUUAAUCGUAAUUUAAAUCAGGAAUAGGCAAUCACAAACAUAAGACUUCAUAUUAACAAUGAAGUUCUUCUUGCUUUUGUGUUGGAUGAAAUUACUUGCUUCAGCAAUGAAAAUUGUUUCAUAAGAAUUGACCUGCAGAAUCAGACCAAAGGCUCAUGUAAUCCAGCAUCCCACCUCCUGCAUUAGCCAACCAGAUGCUCCUGGGAAGCCAGCAAGCAGGACGUGAAGGCAAUAACCCACUUCUAGUGUUGCAGCCCCAGCAUCUUUCAGCUGGUGACUUGCUGUCUUCAAACCUGGAGUUAGCAUAUUCCAUUAUGACUAGUAGCAAUUGACAGUCCUAUCCUCCACUAACUUGUCUAAACAUCUUUCAAAGUUAUCUUAGCUGCUGGUCAUCUCCAUAUAUUAUGGCAGCAAAUUCCAUGAAUUAAUAUGUACUGUGUAUGUUCUGCUAAUCUAUACCAUUGGAUAACCUUGUGCGUUAUGGAAGUGGGAGAAAAAAGCUUAUCUCUACCCAUUUUAUCUGCACACAUAUUUAAUUUUAAAGAGUGGCUGGAACCCAUCAAAUGGGUGGGGUAUUAUUAUUAUUAUUGUUAUUAAUUUCUCCCUGCUAAUCAGCUUUUUUUGCCCUAAACUUAAAUGACACAGACACUUAAGCGUUCUAUUUUGGGAAAGGUGCUCCAGCCUCUGAUCAUUUGGCUUCCCUUUCCCCAGUUUUGGGUUGCUCUUUUUGAAAUCAGCUGACCAAAACAGUUCACACUAUUCUAAAUGUGGUUGAACCAUAGAUUUUAUAUAAGACGUAAUACUGAAUUUUAAAUUUUUCAUAUCUCUUUCCUGAAACUCCUUAGCAUGGAAUUUGCAUUUUUAACAGUUGCUGCACACCAAGCAAAUAGGUGAAGUUAGGAGCUCUUGACCCAAUGUGCACUCAUAUUGAAUUGCAUUUGCUAUGUUAUGCCCGUUCUCCCAGUUUGGAGAAGUCCUUUUAGAGCUCCUCACAAUCUAUUUUCAUUUUAUCACGUAGAAUAAUUUGAUGUGAUCAGAAAGCUUGGCCAUCUCACUAUUCAUCCCUAUCUCCAGAGGACUUAUUUUAAAACCAUUUGUGUCAAUACAAAUCAUCUCGGGACAUCACUUCUAACCUUUAAUUGUGAAAACUGUCUGUUCCUCUCUGCUUCCUGCUCUAUACCAGCACAGCAGAUGCCAAUCCAUACAAGGACUUGCCUUCUUAUCCUGUCACUGCUAAAUUUACUUAGAAAUUCUACUCAAUCACUGCUAACUUCACAUUGGAAUUCUACCCUAUUCACAUGCUUUUUGGGAUUCAUAAGAAAUCUGUCAUAUUGGUAAGGCAUGCCUUUCCUUUACAGAAGCCAUCCUUAUUCUGCAGCAAGACUGUACUUAUAUAUGUUUACUAAUUUUAGCUUUAAUAAUACAUUACCCAAAUUUACCUGGAACAGACAUCAAAAUAACUAUUCAGUUAUUUCCUGGAUCUCUUCCUGUAUGAUAUACAGACUCGGAGAUUUGCUAAUCAUUAACUCAUCAGUAACUCCUUCAGCUUCUCUUGGCACCUUUGACUCCGUCCUUCAGAUUCACUCACUCCUCAGGAAAAGAAACCUGUCCAUAUAUAGUAUCCACCUUUCCACUUCUGCAGUGAAGAUGCAAAUACUUCGUUCAGUUUUUCUGUAUUACCUCUCAACCUAUCCCUACCCCCCUUGCCCUCUAAGAUCCAAACAACUCCCUGGCUAAUUUCCUGAUUCUGAUACAUUUAAAUGAGUUGUUUUCUUUCUUAAUGUUUUUAAACAAUAUGCUCCUGAGAUUCCCUUUCCCCACUUGCCUGUCAACUUGUAUUUUGCCAAAAUCUUUGCACCCAGUCCUGGCUUUGCCCUACAUUAUCAUUCCUUCAAAUGAAGACUUUCUUUUAUAGCAUCCCUGACAGACUCUACUUGUUAACUAUACUGACAUCUUCUUGGACAUCAUGCCUUUUGUGCAACCUGUGGUGUACCUUUUAUCUGAACUUUGGUUCUUGCAGUUUUAAUACGCCUGCAAGCCCUUUCAAUGAAGUUAAUCCGCUUGAAUCUUCCUUUCAACUUCUUUUUAAGUACAUCAACUCAUAUAUUUUUUAAAGAAGUGUCUCUUCAAGUUAAAGAGAACUUGGAACAGUUUACAAUUCAAGAGAAAUAGAAUCUCAAUUUGCAUCUGAGGGUCAGCAUGCAUGCAGACUGAAUUAUUGAGAAUAACGUGUCUGAAGUAACAAAUACCUUUUGAAUUGUGUGUCUUCCUUAAAACUGCAGGAGGACACACAUCUUUUGUGGAUUUAAAAAGCAUGAGGUGGUAAGCAAAUGAUUUCACUUUAAUUGGUGGUCUUGUCUAGUGCCGGCUUCAUUAAUGUACUGAAUGCCCUGUGGGUAUACUUGCAGAAAAGCAGCAGUUAAGCAGUAGAACUGUAAAAUUGCUUGUCUUUUCUGGUCAAUAAUAAAACAGAUCAAAAUUCAUGCUAUGAAAACAUUGUUCUUCAAAACCUUUAGGAAUGUUUUUGAACAUAAAACUGGAGAAAGGAAGAGAUAAUUAGACUAUUGUCAAUGAUGUUUCACGAAGUGCAAUCCCAUUCAUGCAUACUCAGAAUGGUGUUCCAUCAAGUGCAAUAGAACUUACCCCCUAAGUAACUAUGUGUAGAAUUGCAGUGUAAUCUUAACCAUGUCUACUCAGAAGCAAGUCUUACUGAUUUCAAUGGGGCUUGCACUCAGAUACAUGGGGCUAGAUUUGCAGUGUAAAUUGUCCAAUUGCACUGAAAAAUCCUUUCUUUAGAAGGUCAACUCAGUUGUGAUAUUUUCUGCAAGUAGAACAAUUGAACUAAUUUAUUGAGAUGUAGUCUGUUUCUUUAUGUAUAAAAUUAUCUGUGUUUGAAACAUUCCUAUUCCUCAAUAAAGUACUUUUUCAAACAGAGCACCAAUUCUGUCUAGGUGCCAAUUACAAGGAU